CCCCGUCUUCGCAGUCGUCGGCCUCCUCUCCGUCUCCAGCUCCGACUGCUAGGCCACAGCACCUCCGGCACCACCUCCAAUUGCUACGCCACAGCACCUCCGGCUCCACCUCCGACGACUUGUGCAACGACUUCUACAGGUGUGGUGCAGCUUCCUUGGGACAUAUAGAAAGAACAUGGUGGCUGCUUCCGCCUCCUUCAGGUGGAUACUGCAACUGCAUAAAGAUGUUCCAAAAGCUGCAAAAUUUUACAAAGAAGGCCUUGAUUUCACCAUAAAUGUGUGUACUCUCCGGUGGGCUGAACUUGAAUCCGGCCCUCUCAAGCUCGCUCUCAUGCAUUCUUCCAGUGAGAUUGAGGUUCAGAAGGGAUACUCAUCACUGUUAUCAUUCAGUGUGACCGACAUUAACAGCACGGUGACUAAACUCAUGGCUUUAGGUGCAGAGAUGGAUGGGCCUAUCAAAUAUGAGGUCCAUGGAAAGGUUGCUGCAAUGCGGUGUAUUGAUGGUCACAUGUUGGGUCUUUAUGAGCCUGUUUGAAACAUUACAUUUUAAAACCCAAUAACAACCAUUUUCCUUUUGAUUAUCAAAGUGUAUUCUUAAGUCUUAACAACAGGUAGAUUGUUUGUAACUUCUCUUUUUCUUUCAUUGAAUUUGUAGUUCCUGCCUCUUCAAAAUAUCAUAUUACUCUUUUCAAAAUA